UUUGCACUUCAGGGCCACCGUAAUAAUGAGGUGAAACACUGAUGACACACAGUGUAGUUAAUUCAGAGCUGUAUUUCGUAAAAGAUUACAUGUAAUGAACACUAAAACAAAUGUAAGACUACUGAAAUAUAACCGAUUUACAUAUUUCCCGCGGUUUCAGGAGGUACGUGAAGGCACCGCCGUCCGGGUUCAGCGGCGUCACACGAGAUGUGUCAUUUCAAGGGAUAAAUUACCGAGCGUCAAAGCCGUGCUGUCCUGCGCUGUACCCGAGCCUGGAUCAUGGCUGAUAGCGACCGUUAGCCUGUUUUUUUCUUCACCGAUGAAAACAGCUCCUCUGUGAAUCACCUCGCUCGGUUUGUUUUGGGGAUGGGGCUGAUUGGUUUUCCAGCGGGCAACAUGUCCCUCCUCGCGCUGACUUUGGCGCUGCUCACCGUCGUCCUCUGCACCUCUCAGGUCAGUGGGAACGAGGACUGUCUGUGGUACGUGGAUAAAAACGGCACCUGGCACAACGGCUUCGACUGCCCUCUCAUCACGUUCUGCUGUGGAAACUGCCACCGGCGCUACUGCUGCCUGGACGCCUUCAAGAUGAUCACAGAGAGGGAACAGAAACGCUGUAUGCUGUUCCAGUUCAGUCCCACCACUUUAGCCGGCAUCGCCUCCUCCAUCCUCCUGUUUGUGGCCAUCAUAGCCACCAUGGUCUGCUGCUUUAUGUGCUCCUGCUGUUACCUCUACCAGAGACGGCAGCAGAGAGGCCGGACACCUUAUGAUGUCCAACAGAUCCCCAUGGCCAGCUAUCCAGUAGAGCCAAUGUAUGACGCUUAUGGAAAACCAUUAGGACCCUCUGAGUAUGCACAUCCAGGUUACCCAAUGGCCCCGCAGUACCCUGGUAUGCCCCCACAUUACCCGAUGAUGCAGCCUGGACAUUACCCACCACACAUGAUGGAUCCUGCAUACAGCCAGGCCCCUCCACCCUACUCUCCACCUCAGUAUCCCGGUCAUUGAUGGGCUGGUCUACAAACACACACACACACGCACACACACGCACACACACACACACACAGUGGCGAGAACAUCAGCUGAGGGAAAUGACUGUUUCAAACGAAGAAGGCCGCGACACUCUCUCAAACACACACACUCAAAUAAAAACUACCGCUUGACUGGCAGUGGUUCACCUGUCAAAGAGGACAGGAGGCACUUUUUAUUUGUUUUCUGUUUAUUUUCUUCACAAUGUUGUACUUCUUCUCCAGAGUAAAUGCGUAUAAUUCUGUUCUGCAACUUGAUGCUUGGUUACGCCCAUUUUGUUUCACAGAGAGCAUCGCACUGUCCCAAGAAUGAGGAGGUAUCCUGUUGGCAUUCCAGUUCUGUGUCGCUUUGACCCACUCACUUCAAUGACCAGGUGUUUCUUAAAGGCAGGUGUGAUCUAACAGAAAGAAAGGGUCUCGAGGGAUUUACAAAAUAAGAAUGCACUCUCUUUUUAUUCUGUAAAGGGAACAAUGCAAACAAUUUAGUUUUCAAAAAUUCCAAUAACUGCCUGAGGCUACAUUCCAGAUCAUCUUGGUCAUUGAUCUGCUCUCUCCAAAUAUCACUAUGUUCUUAUUCCUAAUUGGGUUUUUUAUUUCCUUUUAUUGUAAUUGAGGCUUCAGCGAAAAACAAAUCGCAUGUUCAGUUACAAAGGUGAAAUAUACAGCUCAAAGGCAGUGCUUAACUGUCUCAAUUCUCCUCAGACGGCCCAAAGGAUUUCACAGUCCUCCUUUUUUAGUCUCUCGUUAGUUUACACUUUGACUUCUUUUUCUGUAUCUGACUCCACUACUUUACGGUUGUAUAAUAGCUGCACCAUUGUAAUGUAACAUUUCAAUGUCAGCAUGCUCCUCCCUGUCAAAGUAAGGUGUCCUCUCAUGCUUCUUUUCAGGUUUUAAAUGAAUCAGAAAUCAAUCUUUAUAUUACUUCCAUACUGCCAGGUAGGAUGUUCUAUGGUGAAAUUUAUGUUCAGUGUUUAUUUGUUGUAACAUAUCAGGUUAUGAAAGCUGCAGGUGAAGCGGCUUGAUUAUUACAAGUGUCCCGCCUUACAAUAAAUAACCAUGAGGUGAAAAAGAGAUUAACUAUUUAAAUACAUAUUUUGUAAAUCUGUUUUUUCAACUAAAUAUUUUAUGAUAUUGUAACAAGUUAUGUUCAAUGUAUUGUUAUUGUAACAUAAGAUAUGAGGUUUAGCAUAUUGACAUUGUUUCAUUAAUGUAUUUAUUAAUAUACUGUACAUAUUGAGGGUACCUUUAACUAUGAACUUGUUUUGAACUUCUGGACAAGCUACAAAGCCAAAAAUCUCUCAUUUGGGAAGAUCGAUACCUGGCUAAUAGCUGUAUGAGAAACAUGAAACUAAGCUAGGUGUUAGCUGGAGGAAGCAGCCAGUUAGCUUACUUUAACAACCAGCUAAAGGGAAAUAAAGUAUGUUAACUGUAA